AGCCGAGCGGGGAGUGAUUUCGGGAAGCGGGCAAGGAGGGAGCCGGCGGGACCGUGCUGGGCACAGGCUGGUGGAGGAUGAACGGUGAAGCCGAGUGCCCUGCAGACUUGGAAAUGACAGCUCCCAAAAACCAAGACCGCUGGUCGCAGGAGGACAUGCUGACCCUCCUGGAGUGCAUGAAGAAUAACCUGCCCUCCAACGACGGGAGCAAGUUCAAAACCACCGAGUCCCACCUGGACUGGGAAAAAGUGGCUUUCAAGGACUUCUCGGGGGAGAUGUGCAAGAUGAAGUGGAUGGAGAUCUCUAAUGAGGUGAGGAAGUUCCGGACCCUCACAGAGCUCAUUAUGGACGCUGAAGAGCACGUGAAGAACCCUUACAAAGGCAAAAAGCUCAAGAAACACCCCGAUUUCCCCAAGAAGCCCCUGACUCCCUAUUUCCGCUUCUUCAUGGAGAAGCGGGCCAAGUACGCCAAGCUUCACCCCGAAAUGAGCAACCUGGAUCUCACCAAGAUCCUGUCCAAGAAAUACAAGGAGCUUCCUGAGAAGAAAAAGAUGAAAUACAUCCAGGACUUCCAGCGAGAGAAGCAGGAGUUUGAGAGGAACCUGGCGAGGUUCAGGGAAGACCACCCGGAUCUCAUCCAGAAUGCCAAGAAAUCCGACGUCCCCGAAAAACCCAAGACCCCCCAGCAGCUGUGGUACAACCACGAGAAGAAGAUCUACUUGAAAGUGCGUCCAGAUGUGAGUACGGCCACCACGAAGGAGGUGAAAGAGUCGCUGGGCAAGCAGUGGUCUCAACUCUCGGAUAAAAAGAGGCUGAAAUGGAUUCAUAAGGCCCUGGAACAGCGGAAGGAGUACGAGGAGAUCAUGCGGGACUACAUCCAGAAGCACCCGGAGCUGAACAUCAGCGAGGAGGGAAUCACCCGCUCCACCCUCACCAAGGCCGAACGGCAGCUCAAGGACAAGUUUGACGGGCGACCCACAAAGCCACCUCCGAAUAGCUACUCCCUGUACUGUGCAGAGCUGAUGGCCAACAUGAAAGACGUGCCCAGCACCGAGCGGAUGGUGCUGUGCAGCCAGCAGUGGAAGCUGCUCUCCCAGAAAGAAAAGGACGCAUACCACAAAAAGUGUGACCAGAAAAAGAAAGACUACGAGAUCGAGCUGCUCCGCUUCCUGGAGAGCCUGCCCGAGGAGGAGCAGCAGCGGGUGCUGGGCGAGGAGAAGAUGCUGGGCGGCAACCGGAAAGGGGCGACGAGUCCCGCAUCCAAAAAAUCCUCUCCAGAGACCGGCAAGGCCAGCUCAGAGAAGCCCAAACGGCCCAUCUCUGCCAUGUUCAUCUUCUCGGAGGAGAAGCGGAAGCAGCUACAGGAGGAGCGGCCGGAGCUGUCGGAGAGCGAGCUGACCCGGCUCCUGGCCCGCAUGUGGAACGACCUCUCCGAGAAGAAGAAGGCCAAGUACAAAGCACGGGAGGCGGCGAUGAAGGCGCAGUCGGAGAAGAAACACGGCUCGGAUAAAGAGGAGCGCGGGAAACUGCCCGAGUCUCCCAAAACAGCCGAGGAGAUCUGGCAACAGAGCGUCAUCGGGGACUACCUGGCUCGUUUUAAGAACGACCGGGGCAAAGCGCUGAAGGCCAUGGAGGCCACUUGGAACAACAUGGAGAAGAAGGAGAAGCUGAUGUGGAUCAAGAAAGCGGCGGAGGAUCAGAAGCGAUACGAGAGGGAGCUGAGCGAGAUGCGGGCCCCUCCGUGCUCCACCAACUCUGCCAAGAAAAUGAAAUUCCAGGGAGAGCCGAAGAAACCCCCCAUGAACGGUUACCAGAAGUUCUCCCAGGAGCUGCUGUCCAACGGGGAGCUGAACCACCUCCCGCUGAAGGAGCGGAUGGUGGAGAUCGGCAGCCGCUGGCAGCGCAUCUCCCAGGGCCAGAAGGACCACUACAAAAAACUGGCAGAGGAGCAGCAGAAGCAGUACAAGGUGCACCUCGACAUCUGGCUCAAGAGCCUCUCGCCCCAGGAGCGGGCUGCCUACAAGGAACACAUUUCCAACAAACGCAAGAGCAUAGGGAAGAUCCGGGGUCCCAACCCCAAGAUGAAACCAACGAUGCAGUCCAAGUCGGAGUCAGAGGACGACGACGAGGAGGAAGAGGAGGAGGAGGACGACGAUGAAGACGAGGAUGAUGACGACGACAACGGCGACUCGUCGGAGGAAGGCGGCGACUCCUCGGAGUCCAGCAGCGAGGAGGAGAGCGAGGACGGGGACGAGUGUGAAUGCCGAGUAAGUCACCAGAGUCAAAGCUUUACACCGGUGCAACUGAAAUCAGAGUAUGCUGGAUGGCGCUGGGGCCAGAAACCGUGUCCGUGCCUUGUGCUCGCCACCGGACAGGUGAGGUGUUUCCACCCCCUCGCUGGUCUCAGCUCACGCCUCUUCCUUCCCUGGCUUUAGAGGGGGGAAACUGAGGCACGAGGCGGGUCGGGUACCCUCCCUCGGAUCGUGUAGCGAGGCAGUGGCAGAG